AUGGCGGCGCCUGAGGACGCACUUUUGUUGGAGCGCAGCGCUGUGCCGGUUUGCUUCCCCGGCAUGGUGGCGCACUGGCCAGCGGUGCAGCUGUGGCGCGGCGAGUCUGGACUGCAGCGUGUGAUGCAGCUGGCAGGCGAGGCCCGGGUGGAAGCGAUGGUGACGGGAGGCGAGCAGGCGGUGGGCGACAUGCAGCACCUGGUGCUGCUGGGCACCACGCUGAGAGAGUUUCUGGAUGGCACGCUGGAGCGGCAGCUGGCGCAGCGCCAGCCUCCAGGCGCUGCACCGCUGCGCCUGUACCUGGCGCAGAGCCCUGUGUGCGUGGCAGCGCCGCCCGGCACCGGCAGCAGCGGCGGCGCCGGCAGCGGCACCGCCCGUAUGCAGCCCGCCGCGCUGCAGGCGCUGAUGGAAGACCUGGGGGCGCCCUGCCUGAUACAGCGGGUGCAGCUGUCGCAGGCCAACUUCUGGGCCAGCUUGAGGGCCACCCGCUCCUCCCUGCACUACGAUCCCUACAGCAACCUGCUGUGCGUGGUGCGGGGCGCCAAGACGGUCUGGCUGCUGCCCCCCAGCGCCACCCCGCACCUGGCCCCGCAGCCGCUGACCAGCGAGUCGGCCAACCACUCCCCGGCAGACCUGGCGCAGCCCGACCUCGGUCGCUUCCCGGGCCUGGAGGCAGCCCUGCCCAAGCUGCAGGUGUUUGAGCUGGCCGCGGGCGACGCGCUGUUCAUCCCAGAAGGCUGGUGGCACCAGGUGCACAGCACAGAUGGCACGCUGGCGGUCAAUUUCUGGUACUACCUUCGCCGCCUGAUGCAGAGCCUGCUGGAGCAGCAGAAGCAGGCUUCCUUGGCUGCGCUGCCGCGCUGCGACCUGCUGCAGCAGGCAGCCGCUGCAGGCGUUGCCGAGCAGCAGCCACGGGAGGCUGAGCAGCCAGUAGCAGCAGGCAACCCGGCUGAGGGAGAGGAAGAGGGAGGGCCAGACCAGCAGCCACGACUGUCCCCUGAGCAAGCGGCAGCUGUAGGAGUCCUAGCAACAGCGCUGGCUGACCAUCAGAUGGCGGGCCCAGGGAGCGAGCCGCCGCCGCUGGUGGCCGCCGUCGUGGCCACUCUGUCGGCCUCCUCGGCACAGGCGCUGCUAGAUGUGCUGCUGCACCUGCGCAGGCGGCACCCGCAGCUGGCGGCGCACCUGCUCCUGCAGGGGCUGGGCCCCGCGGGCUGGGAGCUGCUGUCUGGCGCCUUUGAGCGGCGGCAGGAGGAGCUGGCGGCGGCAGGGGGCGGGGAGGCAGCCGAGGAUGCUGUGUCUGCGGUGUGCGACGAGCUGUACAGCGUUGUGGACCGGCAGCAGCUGCUGGAUGUGAUCCUGGAGCGCAAGCAGGCCUUUGCCAGGGAGGCGCUGAGGGCCGUGCUGGGCACGGAGCUGGCGGGCUGCCUGUGA